AUGGAAAAUGAUUUGGAGGAGGUUGCAAUCAAGAAAGUGGUUGGUAUGCGACAGAGGGUGCCACGGACGCUCUCACAAUUUGACAAGCUUGAUCAAGGCUUGGAAAAUAUGGCUGAUAUCGACCAAAUGGUGGACAAGUUAAAGAUAAACCAAUCGGUGCUCGACAGAAUAACAUUUGAGAGCGAAAGACUGAAGACCAGCCACAGUGAAGCGUCGUCUAGAAGAAACAGCGACGAUGGGGGAAGAGCAAGAAAAGAAAAUUUUAGAAAAGAUGGGACCAAUUCCGAACCACCAACAGCUGGAGUCACGCAUCACAAUGCAUGGCACGAAAUGGACAGCUCUAACUCUACUACCAGAACUGAAUUAAGUCUAUCUGAUGGAGGAGAGGAGGUACGUAUGGAAACACUGGCAAAGUCUCGGAGGAGUCAGGAGUCAGCAUUUCCCGGUACUCCUAUACACGUUCGUCCUCCUUGGAGGUCAGCUGACAGUCUCACUCCUGAUGCUGCUUUUGGCACAUCUUUAGCCGAUAUCAUGGAGAGCCCAUCCAAUAAGGUUUCCCUAAGAGAUGACAUCAGGUCUAACUAUUCUAACAGUUCCGAGGAACGAAGGCCUCGUAUAGGUUGGAGGCUAGUGAAAAAUGUGACGUCUGCUGCUAGAGUCUUGUCAGCGAAAGCGAGGGAAACUCCGACUGCUCCAGCUUUACCUGGCACACCACUGCCAAGUUUCCAAUCAAAACCAGACAGCAAGAGUUCUGAUUAUGCCAAAGAAGAAAGAAAACCUUCACUGCCUAAUUAUCUUAAUGAAAAAGAAGAAAAUGUAGGAGAGACUAAUCCGGAGGGCUUAGAUCCUGAAUCACUUAUGUUUCGUGAUGGUAGAAGAAGAAUUGACAUGGUUUUGGCUUUCGAAGAAGAAGACUAUGGUGUGAUGACAGAGGCUGAAGCUAGGCUUUUACUCUAUGUUAAAUAAUAAUUAUGAACUAUUAGCACUUAUAGUGCAAAUAGUUAUAUACUCAGAACUAAGGUCUGGUACAGUGCGACGCGGAUGACCUAGGCGGUUGUUAAAAUCUUAGAUUGUGUAGUAUUAAAAUGUAUAUUUCAUAAACAGUCCCUUCAAUGCGAUGCGGAGCUGAAGCGGAGCUCUCACAAAAUUUACCCGCAACGGAUGCAUCCGGCCUAAGUAUUAGGGCCACUCCUAAUUGUUCUCUUAAAAUUUCAGGAAAACCUUAUAAGAGAAGGACUGGAGUUAGAACUAGAGAAUAAAUGUUUGUCGUUCGAUGAAAAGACCUGGUUCUUAAAAAUCCAUAUACCUUGGAAGACUGAGAUGCGAUUAGCUGAAGUAAUAGGAAUGAAACUACCAACUAAAAGAUUCAUCACAAUAUCUGUUAGAGCUUGGAACGAUGAAAAGCAAGCCGAGAAAGACAAAAGAUGGCAUUCAAAAUGGCGCCGGCGAUGGAAACAAUUCUACGAGUACGAACACAGCAGAAUUGAACCUGAACCUUCAUUCUACACAUCCACAGAACAGAAGGGCACUAGAAGAGAAGAGCAGUUUCUAGUCAAGGAUCGACACACACAAUUCUCGCCUGCACAGAGAAGUUUGCUCGUUAUGCAGAUUUUGUUGAGAGCCAAAUAUGACAACACUGAGACUAAGGUUAAGUACACAACAUUUUAUGAGGAAAAUCCUAUGGGAAUACGCCGAUUGCUCAAUGAUGGAACGUACUUAGCAUGUUUUCCAUUACAUGAGGGUAGAUACGACAUGGAUAUGCGUGAUGGUUCAGUCACUGAUAGAAGAUUGCUCUAUUUAGAAUGGGCCAGGCCUUGCAAGUGGUAUAAGAAACAGCCUCUGUGGCUGGUAAGAAGAUAUUUUGGCGAAAAAAUAGGCCUCUACUUUUGCUGGCUGGGCUUUUACACGAAGAUGUUAUAUGCACCAGCUAUUGUUGGGACUCUAUGUUUUCUUUACGGCUUAGCUAGUAUGGAAUCAAGCGAUAAUAUUCCUAGUCUAGAAAUUUGCAAUACCAAAGGUCCAGGGAGCACGACGUUAUGUCCCCUCUGCGACAAAGCUUGCCAGUAUCAGACCCUAUCAGAUUCCUGUCUUUUCGCCAAACUGACUUACCUCUUUGACAAUCCGGCUACCGUCUUUUUUGCUAUUUUUAUGUCAUUCUGGGCCACCACGUUUCUGGAGCUCUGGAAAAGGAAGCAAUCUAUUUUGCGAUGGGAAUGGGAUCUCUCUAGUGUCGAUCAUGAUGAAGAACCGAGACCUGAAUUCGAAGCAUCAGUGAAAACCUUCAGAACAAACCCUGUGACGAGGGAAAAGGAACCGUAUUUGCCGGCGUGGCAGAAGACCAUGCGAACACAGACGGAAUAUGAAGAUUCAUAUACUUUCAAAAUAUUCUUCUUUGAGUUUAUGAACUUCUACUCGUCGUUGAUUUACAUAGCCUUCUUCAAGGGCCGCUUCUACGACUACCCAGGGGAUGACCAAGCGCGCAAGUCUGAAUUCUUCAAGUUAAAGGGCGAUAUCUGUGAUCCAGCCGGCUGCUUAUCUGAACUUUGCAUACAACUCGCCAUCAUAAUGAUAGGGAAGCAAUGUUUCAACAAUUUCCUUGAGCUCGGAUAUCCUAAGUUUCACAACUGGUGGCGGCAGCGUUCCCAUCGCGCGGUGACGCGGGACCUCAAUAAGCCACAUAUGGCAUGGGAGCAAGACUACCAUCUACAAGACCCUGGCCGCCUCGCUUUGUUCGACGAGUAUUUAGAAAUGAUUCUUCAGUAUGGCUUCGUAACUCUGUUCGUGGCAGCAUUUCCAUUAGCCCCAUUGUUCGCUCUACUUAACAACAUAGCCGAAAUAAGAUUGGAUGCAUACAAAAUGGUCACACAAGCCAGAAGACCGCUUGCUGAGAGAGUAGAGGAUAUAGGGGCAUGGUACGGCAUAUUGAGGGGCAUCACUUAUGCAGCUGUCGUGUCUAAUGCGUUUGUGAUUGCAUACACCAGCGACUUUAUACCACGUAUGGUAUACAAAUAUGUAUAUUCGCCAGAUAACACCCUUACUGGAUACAUAGAUCAUUCCUUGUCAUUGUUCAACACGUCUGAUUACCGUGAGGAGUGGGGCGCGGACGAGAAUGAAGUAGACCCGCCGACGUGUGCGUACCGCGGGUACCGUAACCCGCCCGACCACCCCGAUCCUUACGGCCUCUCACCGCACUACUGGCACGUAUUCGCUGCCAGGCUUGCCUUCGUAGUAGUAUUCGAGGAGCUGUAUUCGCUGCCUGGCUCACUUUCGUCAUAUUUAUUUAUGGCUCAUUAUUAAAAAACAGAUAGUAUAGUCAAAAUACUUUUAUUGAAAACUGCUUCUAAAUCCACUUUGUCCCUGGCUCUCUGAGAUAGGACUCGCACCCACGACUCAGAAAUAAAAUUUUAUUAGGAAAAGCUUCGUUUCAUGUGUGAAUAAUGUUUCAAUUAGUGUGUAAAUCUUGUGUCGCUUCCACGUUGGGAGCCAAUUAAUGAUAUACGCUUCACAUACAAUAUCUUUCAGCACGUGGUUUUUGGGCUGACCGGUCUGAUGCAGCUGUUCAUACCGGAUGUACCCACUGAGCUGCGCACUCAGAUGCAGAGGGAAGCACUUCUCGCUAAGGAGGCCAAAUAUGAACACGGACGUAGAAGACUAUCUACUGAGUAUAGACAACUGAUCACACAGAAGAGUGAUAGUAGUUCUGGUAAGUAA